UCUAAAAGUUGGUUUUAAUUGGUUGCCCACAGGAUUGACUUGGCCUCUGCUACUUGUUAAGAAAAUACAUCUGUUGUUUUUUCAGGUGUGUGUUAUUUCAGCGCAGCAUGGCUGUGGUCAUCCGUUUGCAAGGUCUCCCAAUUGUGGCGGGGACCAUGGACAUUCGCCACUUCUUCUCUGGAUUGACCAUUCCUGAUGGGGGCGUGCAUAUUGUAGGGGGUGAACUGGGUGAGGCUUUCAUCGUUUUUGCCACUGAUGAAGAUGCAAGGCUUGGUAUGAUGCGCACAGGUGGUACUAUUAAAGGGUCAAAAGUAACACUAUUGUUGAGUAGUAAAACUGAAAUGCAAAAUAUGAUUGAACUCAGUCGUAGACGUUUUGAAACUGCCAACUUAGAUAUGCCACCAGCAAAUGCUAGCCGGUCAGGCCCACCUCCUAGUUCAGGCAUGAGUGGCAGGGUAAAUUUACCCACCACAGUUCCCAAUUUUAAUAAUCCUUCUCCCAGUGUGGUUACUGCAGCCACGUCUGUGCAUGAAAGCAACAAAAACAUCCCUACAUUUUCCACAGCCAACAUAGGAACAGCUCCUCCAAAUAUUGGGGCUUCCUUUGGGAGCCCAACAUUUAGUUCAACUUUACCUAGCACAGCGUCCUCCAUGAGCACAGUCCCACCUCCCCCAAUUCCUCCAAUACCAGCAAUGCCCUCCUUGCCUCCAAUGCCAUCUAUUCCUCCAAUACCUGUUCCUCCUCCUGUACCUACACUGCCUCCUGUGCCUCCCGUACCCCCGAUACCUCCUGUUCCUCCAGUGCCACCCAUGAGCCCUAUGCCACCUCUGUCAGGAAUGCCUCCUUUGAAUCCACCACCAGUGGCACCCAUACCUACUGGGAUGAAUGGAUCUGGAGCAGCACUGAAUCUGAACAGUAACCUGAACCCAAUGUUUUUGGGUCCUUUGAAUCCUGUUAAUCCUAUUCAAAUGAACUCUCAAAGUAGUCUGAAGCCACUUCCCAUCAACCCUGAUGAUCUGUAUGUCAGUGUCCAUGGGAUGCCCUUUUCUGCAAUGGAAACUGAUGUCAAAGACUUUUUCCAUGGGCUUCGUGUAGAUGCAGUGCAUUUGUUGAAAGAUCAUGUAGGCCGAAAUAAUGGGAAUGGAUUAGUUAAGUUUUUCUCCCCUCAAGAUACAUUUGAAGCACUGAAAAGAAACAGAAUGCUGAUGAUUCAACGCUAUGUUGAAGUCAGCCCGGCCACAGAAAGACAGUGGGUAGCUGCUGGAGGCCAUAUCACUUUCAAGCAAAGCAUGGGACCUUCUGGACAGACACACCCCCCUCCUCAGACACUCGUCAGGUCAAAGUCGCCUAGUGGGCAGAAAAGGUCAAGAUCGAGAUCUCCACAUGAGCCUGGUUUUUGUGUGUAUUUGAAAGGUCUACCCUUUGAAGCAGAAAACAAACAUGUUAUUGAUUUCUUUAAAAAGCUAGAUAUUGUGGAAGAUAGUAUUUAUAUUGCUUAUGGACCCAAUGGGAAAGCAACAGGUGAAGGUUUUGUAGAAUUCAGGAGCGAGUCUGACUACAAGGCAGCUUUGUGUCGUCAUAAGCAAUACAUGGGGAAUCGCUUUAUUCAGGUUCACCCAAUAACUAAAAAGGGAAUGUUAGAAAAGAUAGACAUGAUUCGGAAGAGGUUACAGAACUUCAGUUAUGAUCAGAGAGAGAUUAUUUUAAAUACUGAGGGAGAUAGUUCACCAAAAUUAUGUGCACAUAUAUCAAAUAUUCCAUUCAACAUUACCAAGAUGGAUAUUCUACAGUUUUUAGAGGAAAUUCCAGUGGAUGAAAAUGCUGUACAUAUUCUUGUUGAUAACACUGGGCAAGGGUUAGGACAAGCAUUGGUUCAGUUUAAAACUGAAGAUGAUGCACAUAAAGCUGAACGCUUACACCGUAAAAAACUUAAUGGGAGAGAAGCUUUAUUGCAUGUAAUUACCUUAGAGGACAUGAGGGAAAUUGAAAAAAAUCCUCCAUCUCAAGUGAAAAAAGGGUUAAAAAUUCCAUUGCCAGGUAAUGCCCCAGUGCCAGGAAUGCCAAAUGCUGGAGGUGAUGAGCAUGCUUUCCUGACUGUAGGCUCAAAAGAAGCAAACAAUGGCCCUCCAUUUAAUUUUCCCAGUAACUUUAGUGGGUCAAAUGCCUUUGGCCCACCACUUCCACCACCAGGAUUAGGAGGGGCCUUUGGAGAUGCCCGACCUGGAAUACCUUCUGUUGGAAAUAGUGGUUUGCCUGGUUUAGGUAUUGAUGUUCAGGGUUUUGGAAGUGGUCCCAAUAAUUUAAGUGGACCUUCAGCUUUUGGAGGGGCCCCUCAGAAUUUUGGAAAUGGACCUGGUACCUUGAGUGGCCCCCCAAGUUUUGGAGGUGGUCCACCGGGUCUUGGUAGUGCUGCUGGACAUUUGAGUGGGCCACCAAACUUUGGUCCAGGGCCUGGAGCACUUCAUAUUGGGGGACCCCCUGGAUUUGGAACAACUUCUGGAAAACCAGGCCCAACAGUUAUUAAAGUUCAAAAUAUGCCCUUCACUGUUUCUGUUGAUGAAAUUUUAGAUUUCUUUUAUGGCUAUCAAGUGAUCCCAGGCUCGGUGUGUUUAAAAUAUAAUGAAAAAGGCAUGCCCACAGGUGAAGCAAUGGUUGCAUUCGAGUCUCGUGAUGAAGCCAUGGCAGCUGUUGUUGAUCUAAAUGACAGACCUAUAGGUUCAAGAAAAGUCAAACUUGUAUUAGGGUAGCUGUUCAUGUAAACUGUUUGUAGGCUAGAUCUUCAUAGUGCUGUGAUUAAUGCAUCAAGAUUGUUUUCCUAGUAUUUCCAGGUUAGAACCUGUGGAUUUGUUUAAAUUGCAAAUAGAUUGGUUUCAGUAAGACUGAGAGCACUGGUUGACUGUUUACAGAAUUGCUGCAAGGAUAAAUGUUGCUGUAUGUUCCAGUAGAGCUGUAAUGGGAGAACAGAAAAUUAAUUUUGGCUCACUUUUAGAGAAACUAUUUGUUAAAACUCAAAUGACCAUAUAAUGCUUAUCAAGGAGUCUAGAUUGGUUUUAUACCAUUUGGGAUGAAGAAAAUAGAAAUGUAUUAAGAUUAAGUCAGCAAAGCUCUUGAUGGGUGCUAUUGCAAGCCAUUGUAAAAUAGAAGUUGGCUAUUUAGAUUUUUUUUGGUUCAAAGCUGGACAGAUUUGCUUUGUUAUAGGGUCAAAGCUUUGUCUAAAGUCCUAAUUUUCUUUUGCAACUGAAUAAAAUCUCUGUGUAUACAGA